UAGCGACUCACUCACACUACCACACCACCACACUGCCCACACACCCACUACAAAUCUUGCCUCCCCUUAUUUCAUGGCUCCGGCUUCGGUCACCGAUUAGCGAAGAAAUGCCAUAGUUUGGUUAAUGCUUUCUGAUUGAAGUUCAUUCUGUGAAGUAAUACAUUUCGCACACAGUAAUAGGACUUCAAGGGCAGCAUGGCGUGUUCCGUUGACAAAAGUCUUCUGCCUAUGAAGGCGCAUUAUUUCCUCUUCAAUGCUGGAUCUGCACCCAUUGUACCCUUUUUACCAGUGUAUGCUAGGCAACUAGGGUUCUCGUCAUUUGUUGUUGGAACAAUAUACGCUGUAUUGCCAAUCUUUGGAAUGCUCUCAAAACCACUGUUUGGAGCUGUCGCUGAUUAUUUUAAACAACAGAAACCACUAUUUUUGCUAUUUCAGCUUCUUUCAGCUAUUGCUCUAUUCACCAUCCAGUUUGUCCCAGAAGUACCAACGAAAAACCCUGUUGAACUUCAUUGCCAUCAAGAAACAAAUCUUGUGAUGUGUAAUCCUUUUGACCCAAGUGCUACUGACCGUGUAGCCAAAGAAUCACAACGCAAUGGAACAGUUUUAUGUCAUGUUGAAUGUGAUAUUGGUCUCAAUAGUAGCUUUUAUCAGGACCUGUGUAAAGAUUGGAAUUACCGGCAGUAUUGUGCUGCUCCUGGGAAUUUCUCAAAAGAAAUAGCUGCUGGUUUCCUGAACAUGUCAAUUGCCCCAAGCGUUCUUCAGAUGACCGUAGAGUUGCCCUUGGCCCAUCAUGAAAGGGUCGGAAAUUGCACUUUUUUAAAAGUACAUAAUGCAAUAAUGCCUGAUAAGACACCUGUCAUCCCAUAUUGCAACACAGCUUUACAAAAACUUAACUGCAAUGCUGUUUGUGACAAUUCUGCUGUCAUGGAUCUGAUAACAAGACCUGCUGAUGAAAACUACAGCCCAGCUAUGUCUUAUCAAUUCUGGCUUUUCUUCUUUCUCUUAAUUGUGGCCUGGAGUAGCAUGGCUGUGGUUGGCAGUGUUGGAGAUGCCAUUUGCUUUGGCAUGUUGGGUGAUAAACCAAAUCACUUUGGCCAACAAAGGUUGUGGGGAGCUGUUGGAUGGGGUCUUUUUACUGUCAUAGCUGGUUUUGUUGUUGAUGAGCUUAGCAAAACACAAUUUAAGAAAGACUACACCAUAGCAUUCUAUUUUGUUAUUUUCAAUGUUUUUCUAAGCAUUGUGGUCUCCUACCAGCUGAAGUAUACUCAAACACACAUAUCGAGGAAUAUUCUGCGCGAUGUUGGUUUGAUGUUUUCUGAAGCACGAAUCCUGGUUUUCAUUGCUUGGUGUAUAAUUGUUGGUAUUAAUACAGGAAUUCUUUGGCAAUUUCUGUUUUGGCAUCUUGAAGAUUUAGCCGGAAUUGAUAGAGACUGGAUCAAAGCCUUAGAAGGUUUAGCUGCUGGUGUUCAAUGUUUUGGUGGUGAACUUCCUUUCUUUUUCCUAUCAGGCUGGAUUAUUAAACGACUGGGUCAUGUUCAUGUGAUGACUUUGGUUUUACUUUCUUUUGGCAUUCGAUUUAUCCUAUACUCCGUUUUAUCAAAUCCUUGGCUGUGCCUUCCUAUUGAACUUUUACAAGGUGUCACAUUUGGUCUUUUCUAUUCUACAAUGGCAUCAUAUGCAAGUAUUUUGUCAGCCCCAGGAACUGAAGCAACUGUUCAGGGCCUUGUAGGAGCUGUUUUUGAAGGAAUUGGAGUUUCUUUGGGAAGUUUCAUUGGAGGUGCAGUAUUCUAUGCCUAUUCUGGUGCAGUCAUGUUUGGAAUAUUUGGUGGGUUGUCCGUUGUCUUUGCUCUUCUUCAUGCUGGUAUUCAGCUUCACCUUGCGAAGUUACCAUCAUCUCCUGCAGGAGGAAAAGGCUUCAAGACAGUUAGAUAUGCACCUCCAAGUGAAGCUAAUGACGCCUGUGAUGACCAGCAAGUUCUCACUUCAACAUAGAAUUUUAAAGAACCAUUGAAACAUAAAUUCAUUUUCACUUUCCUGUUAGUCAGUAAUUGUUCCUUUCUCUAUUAGAAAUAUGCAGCACAAACAUUUUUGAAUGUGCUGAAUUGUAUCGACCAUCAGCUGCAUUCUAUUCUUUUUUUUCAAUUUUAUUGUUCUUUUCACAGUUUACAUUCAUUCCAAAAAUUAAUAUACAGGCCCAUCUUUGCAACUUAGAUGUGUGCGUGCGUGUGUGUGUAUGUGUGUGUGUUUGUGGAGUGAGAAUUCAUUCUUCCUUUCCACACUAGAUUUUCUUCAUAUGUGAAUUGUUUGUGGUAUCCAGGUUUUUGGCCCAAAGGUACAUUGUGUGUGUCAUUUUCUCUCAACAAAUGACAGUAUGAAUGUGUGAUCUUCUAUGGCCCUAGCCUUGGUGCAAGUGAUACACAACUAGAAAAUGCCAAUCUCUUGGUCACUAUAACUAAUGUUUGUACAGGGUUUUAAACAAAUAAGUUUGACAACUGAAAAAAAUUAAGUUUAUACAAUAGGAAGCUCUUUUCUUGAAGAAGAAAUCAUGUUCAAAAGGUGAGAUAAUCUCGGGCUAGUUUUCUAUUAUAAUUCUAGAUUGAAAACAAAUGAAUCAAAGUUUUAGUUAAAUCUGAUGAAUGGGUUGAACUCAUGCAUGGAUGGCACAAUGCAAAUGCUGUUUCUUUCUUUACCAUGGUUUUCUUAUCCUAUUUUUAAAAAAAGAAUUUUUGUAAUGUGUGUUUUUAGUGAUUCCCUCCUAAUGUAUUUCCUUUGCAAUAAAGGAAAACCCACAA